AUGGCAUCUUGGCUGUUUGGUGGUUGUCAGGCCGCGAAUGUACCAACUUACUUUGACAUCAGACUCGAUAAUAAUAGCCUCAUGCUUCCUCGUAUUGAUGAGAAUACUAGCUACGGCCACCUCAACGGCACUGUUGUUCUAUGUUUGAACAAGCCACUCCCCGUCAAAGAACUCAAGCUCCACACGAGAGGAAUCCAAUAUGUCAACUGGGACUCGACAACACCAGAAGGCCGACAUAAGAAAGCAGCCUGGCGGGAAGCAACAUUCUACCACCAGAUAUGGAGCUUUCUUCCAGAGUCGAACAAAAGUCAGAAAUCUUUACAACCUGGCAACUACGAGUUCCCCUUUUUAAUUACCCUACACAACAGUCUGCCAGAGAGUGUCGAAGGACUAGACGACUGCUACAUUCGAUACGAGUUGACAGCCGGGAUUAUCUGUUCAUGGGGAUCGAUCACAAGAUCGAAGGAUAUGAGGGUAUCCAAGGCUCUGGAUCCUCUAUCAUUCCUUGAACCUGAGAGCAUUGAAAGGACAUGGCCCGAAAAGAUCGCAUAUCGAAUCAGUAUUCCGGGACAAGCAUAUCAGCUUGGGGCCCCUAUAAAGAUCGACUUCCGAUAUAUCCCACUCCUAAAAGGUGUUCGAGCCUGCCUCAAUCAAGGUGCAACUUGUGGAAUCCCACGUCGUCAUUUCUAG